AUGGCAGAUACAUGGUGGAAUCAUGCCAUCAUUACACACAUUUUGGUGGCCCUGUUUGGAAUGGGCUCAUGGAUCUCUGUGAACUCAUUUUGGGUUGAGCUGCCGGUUGUUGUAGAAGUUCUACCUGAAGGGUGGAACUUGCCAGCCUAUCUUUCAGUGCUGAUUGCAUUUGGGAAUUUGGGUCCAGUGGCUGUCACUUUAACCCACCACUUUGCUCCAGGACAGCUAAAUGAACGUGUGGUCAUCCACAUCAUACAAGUGCUAGCGGUGGUUGCAGCUGCAUUUCUUGCUCUCUUUUGGUCCCAGGUGGUCACGGUUGCUGGAGAGCCUAGAUCUGUCCCAUUCCUGCUGCUUACUUUUAUACUGUCAUUUGUCUGCUGCACUUCCAAUGUCACCUUCUUACCCUUCAUGUUUCGUUACCCUUCACAAUACAUCCGGACGUUCUUUGUCGGACAGGGUCUUGGCGCACUCUUUCCCUGUGUAGUCGCUUUGGGGCAGGGUGUAGGGAAACUAGAGUGUGUUGAGACGUCCAAUGGCACAAAGCCCCACUAUCUCAAGGAAAACUUCCCUGCUCAGAACUUCUUCUGGUUCUUGUUUGUGAUGCUUGCGAUUUCGGCCCUUUGUUUCCUGGCUCUGACGUACAGAGUGGUCACCCAGACUGAGGUAGCAGAAGUUCUGAAGACUGAGCAGGAAACAGCAAAAAUGGAAGAGACACACCCUUUACAAAAUGGAAGUUCGCCAGUUUCUGAGGAACAAGUUGAAGUUGAAAAACAGACUCCUGUUGUGGCAUUCUGGACGUCACGCAAUGUCUAUCUGCUCCUGUUGCUGGGAAUAUCUAAUGCUCUGUCCAACGGUGUGCUGCCGUCAGUGCAGAGUUUCUCCUGUCUGCCUUAUGGCACAAUGACCUUUCACCUCUCUGUCGUCUUGGGCAACAUUGCAAACCCUCUGGCCUGCUUUGUGGCCAUGUUUGUCCUACUUAGGUCCAGUGUUGGUCUCGGUAUGAUGUCACUAGGAGGCUGUAUUUUUGCAGCCUAUCUCAUGGCCUUGGCAGCACUGAGCCCCUGCCCACCACUUUUAGGAAGUCAGUCUGGAGUCGCUCUAGUGAUCAUAUCCUGGAUCAUCUUCACUGGCCUGUUCUCUUACCUGAAGGUGGUCAUUGGGACUCAGCUUCAUGAAGCUGGACAUGCAGCUCUGCUUUGGUGUGGAGUCUUCAUCCAGGCUGGCUCUCUUAUUGGAGCCUUUACGAUGUUCCCUUUAGUCAGUGUGUACCAGGUCUUUCAGCGAGCCCAGGACUGCACUGAUGUCUGCAGUUAA